CCAGUUCCCGUCCCCUACUAGACAGAGCCAUAUUGCCUCCCGCCCUUUCUCCUGGGUUUUCGUGAACUAUCUUUGCCUGGAAAGCCACAGGGCUGGGCUUCGCAAGUCGGCUUCUGCACCCCCAGCCCGGGGCCCGCGCCCCUGCUGCCCGCAGCUCACCUGCCCUUUCUCUGAACUCCACCCGGAAGAUGCCCUGAGCGCCUUCCCCGCGAGGGCGGACGGUGCACUCUCCGCCGCCCGAGUUUCGGCUCUGGAAGUAGCUUUCCAGCUUCCUGUGCAGCCGGGGACCCGGCUCGGACACCCGCACGAGGAGCGGGGACGGCGGGCUGGGGGCCGAGGCCAUGGCUCUCCGUGUCUGGCCGGCGGCGAGGCUUCGGGACGCAGCUGGGGCCUACACUGGGGCAAAGGCGCGUCCCGCCCUGCGGACCGCGGCAGCUAACUUUCAGUUUCGCUUCCCGGGAGAUCCCUCCCUUUUCUCGGCAGAGCAGCCUCGCCCCCCUAUUUUUGCCAUCGCCGCUGUGGCUGUCGGUGGGAAAAUCUUUGCUCAGAUCUUUCCCCAGUGGAUAAAGGGGAAUACAAAAGAAGAAUCCCUCCCUGACAAGUGCUCAGAAGCUAACGCUCUUGAAAAAAACUAUAGUUGGCAAAUUCCUAUUAAUUGCCACUUCUUCAAAAUUUUACAAAAUAAAGAGAGUCUGCUGUGUGAAGCCCUCCAGGAUAAGUUUGGCUGUAUCUCUACCCUGCUCCCUCCAGCCCCGGAAAGUAACACCAAGUCUCCGCAAGUCUUCAGAAAAACGCUGGCUCCUGGGAUAGAGUUGUCUGUCUGGAAAGAUGACCUUACCAGACACACUGUUGAUGCUGUGGUGAAUGCAGCCAAUGAAGACCUCCGGCAUGGGGGAGGCCUGGCCCUGGCCCUGGCGAAAGCUGGUGGUCCUGAAAUUGAACAGGAGAGCAGAAGCUUUGUUGCCACGUUUGGUAAAAUACCAACUGGUGGGAUAGCUGUAACAGGAGCAGGGAGGCUUCCUUGCAAAGAGAUUAUCCAUGCCGUUGGGCCUCGGUGGGUAGCGAUGGAUGACCUGCGAUGUAUGCAUGAGCUGGAAAAGGCCAUUACAAAUAUUCUGGAUUAUGUCACCAGUAAAAAUGCGUGCAUUAAGACAGUAGCAAUUCCAGCCCUGAGCUCCGGGAUUUUCCAGUUCCCUCUGGAUUUGUGUACACAAAUCAUUGUGCACACUAUCAAGGUUUAUUUCCAACAGACGCAAGUGGCCUGUAAGUUGAAAGAAAUUCACCUGGUGAGCAAUGAGGACCCUACUGUUGCUGCCUUAAGAACUGCUUCAGAGCAAAUCUUAGGCAGGAACGAGCUGGAAUCUUUGAUGAGUCAAGAUGCCAUCCCUCCUUCAGAUACAAUGGUUGUGAACAAUCUGACUCUCCAAGUUGUGGUGGGCCGCAUUGAACUGCAGGAGACAGAUGUAAUUGUUAAUUCUGUAAACCCACAUACUGGUCUUAAAAUUGGAACUAUAUCAAACUCAAUUCUACAACAAGCAGGAGAUGAAAUGGAAAAGGAAUUUACUGAAAAACUGUUGGAAACACCUCCAGCUUCCCGGUUCAUACUUGUUACAAAAGGAUUUAAAUUGUCCUGUCAAUAUGUAUACCAUGUACUGUGGUCUUCAGAAGCACAUCUGACAUUGAAAAAUGCAGUGAAGCAGUGUCUGAAAAAAUGCCUUGAGCUAAAUGUAAGUUCCAUUUCCUUUCCUGCCCUUGCAACUGGAAGCAUUGGUAUGUGGAAGAAUGCAGCAGCAGAGAUUAUGUUUGAUGAAGUUUUAAUAUUUGCCAAAGAGCAUUUAAAAACACAACUCCUUGUAAAGUUUGUGAUCUUUCCAGAAGAACUGGUGACAUAUACGACAUUCAGCAGUGAAAUGGCAAAGAAGUACAAGCAGCUGAGUCUCAGCAGUUUCAGUGCUGUUUCAGUCCCCCAGUGGUCCAGAGAGGAGAAAAGUAAAAAGAGGCCUGAAACUGGAUCUCCUGCCAUCAACCUGAUGGGAUCCAACAAGGAAGAAAUGCAUGAGGCCCAAGAGUGGAUUCACAGGAUGCUGACCCUCCAGGAUCACCACAUCAUUGAGCACAGUCAUAUCCUCUACUUCGGGAAAAAGGAACAUGAUAUUUUGUCUCAGCUUCAGAAAACCUCAGGUGUCUCCAUCUCGGAGAUUAUCAGUCCAGGAAAGGCAAAAUUAGAGAUUAAAGGAGCCCAGGCUGACCUCAUUGAGGUGGUUAUGAACAUUGAACAUUUGCUGUGCAAAGUUCAGGAGGAAAUGGCAAGAAGAAAAGAGCGAGACCUUUGGAGCUUGUCAAGACAAUGGACUGACCAGCAACCAAAAAGCAAGAAUGAAAUGAAAGAAAAUAUUAAUUUUCUGAGAGUUCUUGCACCUUUGACUCAAGAACUUCAGGAUCGAAAGAAGCAGUUUGAAAAAUGUGGUUUGCAGGUUAUAAAGGUGGAGAAGAUAGAAAAUGUGGUUCUCAUGACUGCUUUCCAAGGAAAGAAGAAACUGAUGAAAGGGAGAACACAUAGGAGCCCUGUGAGCCACAGGCUUUUUCAGCAAGUCCCACACCAGUUCUGCAAUGUGGUAUGCAGAGUUGGCUUCCAAAGAAUGUACUCAGUGCCCCACGAUCCAAAAUAUGGAGCUGGCAUAUACUUCACCAGGAACCUCAAAAACCUAGCAGACCAGGUCAAGAAAACCUCUGCCACAGAUAAACUGAUCUAUGUGUUCGAGGCUGAAGUACUCAUAGGCUCCUUCUGCAAGGGUCAUCAGUUAAAUAUUGUCCCCCCACCACUGAGUCCUGGAGGCAUAGAGAGCCAUGACAGUGUGGUUGACAGUGUCUCCAGCCCUGAGACCUUUGUUAUUUUUAGUGGCACGCAGGCUAUGCCCCAAUAUUUGUGGACUUGCACCCAGGCUCAUGUACGGUCAUAGGAUUACUCAUCAGAACUGACGAUGAACGCCCCAUGGCAGCCUUCGGGGGAGAUUCCCAAGUAGUAGCUCUGAUUAUUAACCUUUACAUAAUUUUAACAACAGGAAUGGCUUUGAUUUAGGGGAACUAAUCAAAUAAUGACCACCAGUGCUUCAAAAGAGUGGUAAAUGAGUUAGUCAAAUAGGUUGUCUCUGUAAACUGUCUAGGCUUUGAAAAGACCAGCCACAUAUUAGCACCUUUAUGCCUCAUCUUUGCUUUCAUCUCUUAGGGUUGAGGUGGGUAAAUACCAACUAAAACACUUCAAGACCAUUUCCUCUUCUUGUAAUUGUCCUUUUCAUUUGCUUUACUAUAGAUAAUGGCAAAAAAGCUUUUCAUGUAAUGAGGAAAUUUUUCUAGUAUAUAAUCCAAGCCUUUUGUUUUCCAAAAUGUGUAGUAUAACAUAUCAGGACAGCAGGAUGAUAUUAGAUUUUCCAGAGACUCUCGUAAAAAGUGCUUUAGAUAUCAAAAUAAAUUACCUUUUUCUGAGUAACUGGCUCUGAAAAAUUAUGUAUAAAAUUAAAUUAUUUGGAGUGGAAGGACAUGAAAAGGCUGAUAUUCUGCUGAAAUUCUGAUUAGAUUCAGCCAUAUCAGGUAAUGCCACUCAGGCAUUAUGAGGCCAAAUUAUUAAUUCACCAACUAUUUAUUGGUCACUAAAUGCAUUUCAAUCAGCUGGGUGCUAGGGGUAGAUAUGGUGCUGGACAAGACAAAUGUCCUCUUAAAGCUUUUAGCCUGAAUAAUCAGAAAGGCAGAUGUGGACAACUUAGCUACAAGGAUGAUUGGGUAAAACAUCAUGGGAAUUACAAAUUCUUGGGAAAAAUUUAAGGCAAGAGGGCUAAAUUAGUUGGGAGUUGGCGGAAGACCUUCUAAAGAAGGUAAAAUUUAAGCUGAGAACUGAAGAAUUUGUAGGGAUGCAGUAAAUUGGGAGCAGACUCAGAAGAAUAUUUUCAGCAGUGAUAAUGCUCUUGGAAAGGAUGAAUCCACUGUGAAUGGGUUCCCAUUUGAACCCAGAAUUCCGUUUGGAAUGUGGAGGCCUGCUAAUCUCACUAGACCUCUCUUGCCUACUUUCAAAUCCAUAUUUAGCUAUUUUACUUCCAAAGUUUCCUAAUUCUCACACAUCUUCAACAUCUUGCACAGAACACUUCCUCCUCCUCCUUGUCUUAACCGAAACUGCAUUCUCCGUCUUGAAAGAAGUCUGCUUAUUGUCUCAUAUAGCACUCCCCUUGGGCCUGGGCAAGAGGGGACUCCUUUUGGACCCCUACCCUGGGACUCUUGCUUGAAAUGGCCCCACUCUUGCCCUCUGCCAGCUGUGUCCAUUCUCACUAGGCAAGGAGUCCACAGGGCCAAGAGAAUGUAUCCAUUGAUUCUAAACCACCCACUUGGUAUCUGGAACCCUAAAAUUUCCUGCCCAAACACUUGGGCCUCUUCCUUGGGUCACUCGUCCCCAGAGUAUACUGUGCCACAGUCUGCACCAAGAAUGGCCAAAGGGUCACUGUUUGCAGGAUGGGGGUUGAUGGAGCUUGAACAUGGGGGCCAUGGUGUCCACACACGUGUGAGACCUGUGUGCUGGACAGAGCUGAAGGUGAAAGGACAGAUUUAAAAGAUGUAGCAUUGUUUACUAGGAAUUUCAAGAGAAUGGAGGUGGGGCAAUGUUCACAAUGAUAAAUAAAAAGAAAUCCAUACCAAGAAACAUCAUAGUGAAACUAGACCACCGAAGAGGUGAUCUUAAAAGAAGCUAGAGAGAAAAGCCAAAUCAUCUACAAAGGAAUGACAGACUGACAGCAUACUUCUUGUAGGUAGAAUAAUACUCCGCAGUCCCUGAAUAAAGUUAAAUCUGUCCACACCGUAA